AUGACGAAAGACGAUUCUGGAUCAGGUGAGUUAAAGGCCACGGCCUUGCAUCCUGCGUACACUGUAACUAAUAUUCAGACAAAGAUUCGAACCUUGGAUGGCACCAAAGUUACCUAUUCCUCAUGGACUAAGUUGUUCCGACUCCAUGCCAAAGCCUACAAGGUACUUAAUCACAUUGAUGAUACUCCUCCACCAGCAGAGACCGAUCCUUCUUAUAAGCAGUGGGUGGAGAUCGAUUCCUUGGUCUUACAAUGGAUCUAUAGCACCCUGUCUGAUGAACUAAUGGUCCGAAUCUUGGAGAAUGACACCACGGCUCAAGCUGCUUGGAACAAAUUGAAGUCUAACUUUCUCAACAACAAAGGUUCACGUGCUGCAGCUCUCGAACAAGAAUUCUCCAAUCUCACUCUUGGAGUAUGUUCAUCAAUGGAAGACUACUGCCAGAAACUCAAAGAUUUAGCAGGUCAACUUGGAGAUGUUGACAAUCCGGUCACCGAAUCCAGGCUCGUUCUGCAAAUGGUUCGGGGAUUACCACCAGAAUUUGAUGUUGUAGGGGCAUACAUUAAUCAAAGUUCUCCCUCAUGGGAGACAACAUGUAGCAUGUUGCAGUUAGAGCAACAUAGGCAAAACGCCCGACAAAACCAGACGCACACUGUCCUCGCUGCACCCGGACCGCCACAACAGAAUGGCAGUCAAUCCCACAACUAUCCAGGAAACUCCACAGGGGCUCAAGGAAAUCGCAGUCAAGCCUCCAACUACCACAACUAUCUGGGCGCUCGACAGCAGCAACAUAAUGUUCAUGGACGCGGUGCAAAUGGCCAGGGUCGUGGCCGGAAUUUUAGGGGCCGAGGUCGCGGACAGUAG